GCUUGGCCGCUAAGUACUCUCGACACAGCAUCUCGGAAAUCUCGCUCUGCUUGUCUGAAAAGAUAAUCUGCGUAUAAACCAAGGCAAGAGAUAAGCUAUGAGCACCGACGUAGAAAAAUCACGAUUUCUAGAGGAGUUCGGCGACGAUUACGGUUAUCCAAACGCUCCCAAAAAUAUAGAUGAGAUUCGAGCUACUGAAUUCACCCGACUUCAAGAGUUGGUUUAUCUGGAUCAUGCUGGUGCCACUUUAUACUCGGAGUCGCAAUUGGAAGCAGUUUUCAAGUCUCUUAACUCUACUGUUUUUGGCAAUCCCCAUACUCAAAGCAAUGUGAGCUCAUCCACUUCCGACAUUGUAAGAGAAGCUCGUCAACAGGUGCUCGAUUUUUGUAAUGCAUCAGCAAAAGAGUACAAAUGCAUAUUCACUUCUGGGGCUACUGCAGCCCUGAAACUUGUUGGGGAGGCUUUCCCAUGGAGCAGUCAGAGCAGUUUUAUGUAUACUACGGAGAAUCACAAUAGUGUUCUUGGAAUCAGAGAAUAUGCACUGGCUAAAGGGGCUGAAGCAUUUGCUAUCGAUAUUGAAGAGGCUGGACAUCGUGAUGGCUCAAGAGACACUAAAACUUCUCAUAAGGUGUUAAAGCGUACUGUUCAAAGAAGAAGUGGAGUUAAGAUCCUUGACGAAGAGCCUGCUGGCAAGGCCUUCAACCUUUUUGCUUUUCCCUCAGAGUGCAAUUUCUCAGGCGUGAAAUUCAACCUUGAUUUAGCGAACAUAAUGAAGGAAGAUCCAGAAAGAAUUUUAAAGGACUCUCCACAUUGCAAGGGAAGCUGGAUGGUUCUCAUCGAUGCGGCAAAAGGAUGUGCAACAGACCCACCAGAUUUAUCCAAGUACAAGGCAGACUUUGUUGUCGUCUCAUUCUACAAGCUGUUUGGCUACCCAAGUGGACUUGGAGCACUCAUUGUUCGAAAUGAUGCAGUAAAGUUACUGAAGAAUACAUACUUUAGUGGAGGCACAGUAGCUGCUUCAAUUGCUGAUAUUGACUUUGUUAAAAGAAGAGAGGGUGCUGAGGAGUCUUUCGAAGAUGGAAGCAUAUCAUUCUUGAGCAUUGCAUCCAUUUGUCAUGGGUUCCACAUACUAAAUACUUUGACCAUGUCGGCUAUAUCUAGGCAUACCGCAUCGCUUGCCACAUAUCUCCGGAAUAUGCUUCUGGCUCUGAGGCAUGAUAAUGGUGACAGUGUCUGCACAGUUUAUGGAUUUGAUUCGAAGGAAUUGUGUUCUAAACCUGGUCCAAUUGUCUCAUUCAACUUGAAAAGACCAGAUGGAUCUUGGUAUGGCUACUAUGAAGUUGAAAAAUUGGCUUCUUUAUCUGGAAUACAGUUACGGACAGGGUGCUUUUGCAAUCCUGGUGCAUGUGCAAAGUAUCUUGGCUUGUCACACUCAGAUCUUCUUUCCAAUAUUGAGGCGGGGCAUGUCUGCUGGGAUGAUCAUGAUAUAUUAAAUGGAAAACCUACAGGAGCUGUUAGGGUAUCCUUUGGAUAUAUGUCAACAUUUGAAGAUGCUAAGAAAUUUAUGAGCUUUAUAAGGAGUUCAUUUGUCUCAUUUCCUUUGCGGUCUAGUCACUCAGAAUUUCACAGGCCAAUUACAACUGAAGGCAUUGAUACAAAUAUGUCCAGAUACUGUCUGCGGUCAAUAAACAUCUAUCCAAUAAAAUCAUGUGGAGGGUUCAGCGUGGACAGUUGGCUGUUGAGCAGUACUGGAUUGCUUCAUGAUAGAGAAUGGGUCAUCCAAAGCACUAGUGGUGAAAUUCUUACUCAAAAGAAGGUUCCAGAAAUGUGUUACAUCAGUACAUUGAUUGACCUCAAUCUUGGCACAUUAUUUGUUGAAUCACCACGUUGCAAAGAGAAACUGCAGAUUGAACUUAAAUCAGACUCUUACAAUUCUGGAAGAGUUGAAAUUGAAAUACAGAAUCUGAGGUAUGAAGUCCAGGUUUAUGGUGAUGACGUUGAUGCUUGGUUCAGCAAUGCCAUCGGUCGACCUUGUACUUUGUUAAGAGGUUCUGGCUUGGAUGGAUCAAAAAGAUAUCCAUGCUCAAAAAGAAACCAAAGUAUAGGGAUGUGCAAUAAUGCUAAGAGCAAACUAAAUUUUGUGAAUGAAGCUCAGUUGUUGCUGAUAUCUGAGCAAAGUGUCUCUGAUCUCAACACCAGGUUAAGCACAAAAAAUGUGGAGAAAGGCUCUCGUGCAGCUCCUGUACAAGUGAAUCCAAUGAGAUUUCGCCCAAACCUUGUGAUAGCUGGUGGUGAACCAUAUGAAGAAGAUGGAUGGCAGUGUAUAAGAAUAGGGAAUAAAAACUUUACAUCUUUGGGUGGUUGCAAUCGCUGUCAGAUGAUCAAUAUAAAUUAUCAAGCAGGCGAGAUGCAGAGGUUAAGUGAACCUUUGGCAACUUUGGCUGCCUAUAGGAGAGUGAAGGGGAAGAUAUUCUUUGGGAUACUUCUCAGAUACGACGAUGACAAUAAUGAAGAAGAGGCAGGUUCUCUGAUUCAAGUGGGAGAAGAAGUCUAUCCAGUUGCAGAUUUGCUCUGAACAUUUACUUGCAGUUCCGAAGAAAAUAAAUAUUAAAUAAACUGAACAAGAGAAAAUGUGCCAUCAUAUGGUAAUAUGUACUCAAACACUUAUAAUGAACAAGGUUAUGACACUACAGGCUCGCCGCUCGCAAGA